AUGAGAAGACGAAGCUCCUGCACACCUGAGGCCCCUCUGUCUCCAAGAGAAGGCAACAAGGUUGAAUGUUAAUAAUGAGGACAUAUCAUGUUCUGCAUUUAAACUAGGCAUUUUUAUGUAAUGACAUUGUUUGAUGAUAGUUAUAAAGAAUAUAGCCUUUCAUGAUGAAAGACUUCACGUGUUCCAUAUGCUAGGCCUACUUGUUGGAGAGUAGGCUAAUAAAGAAUGGCUGCUGAAUAUGUAUGUGAAAAUCUGUGUUAAACCCACGAGAAUAUUGUAACAUUGACCCCAUGGGUCAUGGUUAAAUGAACGCAACCCUGCUCUCACUCAUUCCUUGCACUAAUUUCAGGUUGAGUGGACCACACCAGUUUCACAGCACAUGGAGAAAACGCAGCCUCUUCUUCAUAGUUGUAACAGCAAAUCAGGGAUAUCUUCAGAAAAGUUUAACAUUGUUUCAGUGAUGAAAGAAACAAAUGAAUCAGGGACGCGUAGAGCAUCCUACAGGCAUUCACAGAGGGCGUUCGACUCUGAUUGCUCCCCAAGACGUAGUGGCUCAGGAGACCGAGCUCUCGGGACAGACUACAAAUCUGAGAUGAUAGUCGAUUUGGAGAAUACUGUGGACAGACUGAAAAACGCUCUGGUGUCACUGGAGGAGGACAACCUGAGCCUCAACAAGAAGAUAAGAGAAAGCAAGGCGGAAGACAGCCCAUCUUUGACCAAUCACAAUGUCUCAGGAUCAACAAGUGGCAACAAUUCACAGGAAAUGGCUGGUGGUCACACUCACAGUCCCACCUCCAAACUCAAUACCCACCCUGCCACUUUCAACAUGGCCAAAACAUACCCAGAAAGUCAGAGGCAAGAUACACCAUCCAAGAUAGAGGAGACUAGGAUGAGAGAGAGGAUCAAAAUGGAGAGCCUAUCCUUGGAGGACCGGUGUGUUAACUUGGAGAAGGAGAAACAGGACUUGCAGAGGAAGCUGCGGAAGAUGGAGGACUACUGCAAGGAGUGCGUCUGCAAGCUCAAGAGGAUCCUCCCAAAGUACGAGGACCUUAAAGCCUUGAAUAAAACCGUGGAUAAGCGCAACAAGCACAUGGCCGCGGAGAACCGCAGACUUGUCGACGCUCUUGAGGCUGAGAGCCAGGCAGGGGAGAGAUCCAGGGAUCCCAGCCUGGCUCUGGAGCCCAAAGGUGGUGGUGACAACAGGGUGCGGGUUCAACUGGAGAGGGCCAAUGUUCGCUGCACCCAGCUCACCCAGGAGAAGGGGCAACUGGAGGACCGGAUGGCCUCGCUGGCAAGUGAGGUCAGCCGCCUCACGAACGAGCUGGAUAUGAGCUGGGCCGAGCUCCAUCGGCUGGGGGCCAGGGGGAGAAGCUCCCUUGAGGGGAGCACGACUAGGGACGGCAGCCCUCCGGCCUCGUCGGGCAGCAAACACCCGGCCGAACGCAUCCUGGACAGCGUGGGAAAAGAGCGCAAGGCCAUGUCGGGCGCCGUGGCCCAUCUCAAAGAGGAGAACAAGACACUACGAGAGAACCUCAAACAGAGCGUCAAGAGGGGCGAGGAGGCAGAGGGCGGAGCCAAGCAGCUGAGGGAAGAGCAGGCCAUAUUGGAAAGCUGCCUGCUCACGGUGCAGAAGGAGAAAGACCUGCUACAGCUGGAGGUGCGGCAGCUCCACCAGGAGUACAUCGAGCUCAGCAGCAGCCUUUCACUGCAGCUGAGAAAGAGGAGCCCCGUCGCCAGUACCAGGAUAUUAGCAGGGUCACAUGAGGUGACUGAUGGUAUUGAUGGUGCAGCCAGGCAGCAAGAGAGUCCAAGGCAGCCUCUGAACAGCAGCCCUAUUACCAGAGAAAUGCUGGAUGGCCCAGUAGGUAAGAUUCAAAAGAGUGCAUUUUUACAGUUUGUCAUUUAAUUCAGGUUCAUUGAAUAGGUUAUUCAUUUUCAUUCAAGGUAAUUCAGAAUGCAAAUGAAUGGUUGAACAUCUAGCUACUGUAUCGAUUGUAUAAGAUUAUUAAAUAUAUUUAGAAGAUGAAAAUGGUAAAAGUAGAGACAUCACCACUAGUCGUCCUGGAGCUUGAGUCUUGAAUUACUCUUCUUCUCUCUUCUUCUCUCUUCUCUCUUCUUCUUUCUUCUUCUUCUCUCUUCUUGUCACUUCUUCUCUCUUCUUUGGACUGUGUAGGCGGAGAGGCAAUUGACCAGAUAAGGAAGCGUUUCGAGGAGGAGGAGCAGAGAGCCCAGAGGUACAAAAACAUCAUCAAUCAGAAUGAAUGA